AUGGCCCGCAAAGCGCUUCUGCUUCUGCCGCUCUGCACGCUGGUCACUGAAGCUGUCAAUUUGCGGAAAGGCGCGGAGUCGUUGCUGAGUGAAACCAGCAAACUGCUGGCAGACUUCCCGUUCUAUCACACUUCCGAACAGAUAAAAUUUGCGGCACGUGAGCUCGUGAAUGGCUGUUCAGCUCAAGCUACCCUCCAGACAGUAACCAAAGGGGAUGUGUCCAUUGACGAGAUCCGCGUUCACGGUGGCAAGGGCUCACAGGUAAACAGGGUCGCCCUCCUUUUUGGGGAGCAUAGCCGUGAGCUCAUCAGUCCAGAAACGGGCCUGAUGUUGCUGAAGAUGCUCUGCGGUGGAACUUCCCAACCAAAGCUGGUGCAGGAGGCGCUGGCGACAAGCGACUUCCAGCUCAUUCUCAAUGCCAACCCGAUUUCGCGGGCCAAGGUUGAGCAGGGCGACUACUGCCUGAGGGAUAACCCUCGUGGUGUGGACCUGAACCGAAACUGGGAUGAGAAGUGGGAAUUUGGUGACCAAGCUGAAAGCGGAGAUCAGUAUCGUGGUGAGGCACCCUUCAGCGAGCCAGAAACCCAACUUGUGAGGGACCUCCUCACGGAUUUCCGGCCCACGACCUUCCUCUCCGUGCAUAGCGGUACGUUGGGUCUCUACAUGCCCUGGGCAUACGACAGCGUGCACAUGGCGCACCGCAAUCGCGAUGCCAUGCUGGCAGUGCUGAAGGACCUGGAUGCCGACCACUGUCAGUGCCCGUUCGGGGCAGCUGGCAAAGAAGUCGGCUACAACUGCCCGGGAACAAGCUUUGACUGGGUCUUUGACCACUUGCAGGCCACUUUCUCCUUUGCAUGGGAGAUCUACGCUCACCCCGCCGAGUAUGAGGCCCUGAAGUCCCGUUGGCAGGAGAAGCUCAGCAAGGCACCUUCUAUGCUUCAAGGAAGCGUGUCAUUGCUGGAGAUCUACUCAGGCCACUUCUCGGACUUUGCAGGUCAGAGCAGGUUGGACGCCGCAUCCCAGGAGUGCUUCGCGACAUUCAACCCUGGCUCGGAGAAGGAGUACAAUGA